GGCAACGAGAAUAUGCUAAGGUUUUCAGUGCUCCUGUUCUUUGCUAUCUCGGCAGUGUCAAUCAGUGGAAAGAGGCAAUGUCUGGAAGGAGCAGCUCACAAGCACAGACCCAGCCAGGAGAAUAACUUGCACGAAUGCACCCUCUAUUCCAAAUCCUCUUGUUGCUCUGAAGACAUUACAAAGGAACUAGCUGAUUCACCAGUGAUUAAAGUAAAUACCACCUAUUGGAACCGAUGUGGCAAUAACAGUAAAUUAUGUCAGAGCUAUCUGAAGAAGAUAGAAUGCUUUUACAGGUGUUCACCAUAUGUUGCACAUUGGGCACAUCCCCACUACGCAGCUGCUAUUGUGUCUGUUCCCAUGUGCCAAAACUUCUGUGAUGACUGGUAUGAAGCUUGUAAAAAUGACUUCACUUGUGUUAGCAACUGGCUGACAGACUGGGCAAUUGAUGAAAAAGGAGAAAACCACUGUAAGAACGCGUGCAUCCCCUACCACGAGAUGUAUAGCAAUGGGACUGACAUGUGCGAGAGCAUGUGGGGAGAUUCACUGAAGGUAAGUGAUUCCCCCUGCCUGUGCCUGCAAAUGGAUGAGAUGGAUAGCAAGGUCGUCAAGCUCUUGGAGGAGAGGGCCACCAGUAAUAGUAGCAGCAGCAGCAGAAGUGAUGAAGAGCAGUUCUGUCGCCUCAAGUUGGACAAAAUAAAGAAGCUGAAGGAGCCGAAAGAGGAAGGUGUGGAGACAUUCUAAGUGCCAGGGUUUCUUUAGGUUUUAAAGUGAUGCAUGUUGCACCUUUCCACUAUUAAAACAAUACUCAGAGUGGCCAUCAGCCACACACACAAAAAUACAAUAAAGUGACUGAACAAUUAAAAUAA